AUGGAGCACAACCUCCCCGUGUGGCUGUACAGCGGCGACUUUGACUCCGUAUGCCCGUUCACCGCCACGAGGUACACCCUACAUGCCCUCGGACUUGAUGUCACGGAGCCAUGGCGCCCAUGGACAGUAAACAACGAGGCUGGAGGAUACAUUCAGGGGUACGAGGGUGGGCUGGUGUUUGCGACCGUCAGGGGUGCGGGGCGCAUGGUCCCUGCCUACCAGCCCGAGCGAGCUCUGGCGUUGAUCAGCGCCUUCCUCGAUGGAAGACUUCCACCGCGCUAA